AUGCGUCACGACUGUUUACAAUAUUUCCCGAUUCUAUUUAUUUUGUUUCUCUAUUAUCCACCACAACGGAUCUUUGGUUCUAACCUUAGUUUCUCAAAAUCUUUGCAUAGAUAUGACUCUAUAAAUAAUGUACCAUUUUCAUUUCCUUUAUCCUCAUAUACGGCAAGUAUUCUUCCUGAUAUCGGCCCGAAUAACUAUAUCUUAACAAAUGAGCCCCGGUUUGGUGUUCCUGAACCAUUUAACGGUAGACCUUCGGGAACAGUAUCAUUUGCAAUCCUCGGUAACCUUGAAUGUCGAGAAUCGUUUUCAACGGAAACCUUUAAGCAAGGCGGAUUCUAUUUUCUCCGACUGCGCACUACUCACAAUGCCGAUUUUAAUUCCAAGAAGCAGUCGACAUAUUCCUUUGACAUUCAGGCUGUAUUUCAGUCAGAACAGAUCAGUAAUAGACCUCCAAUUACCCUCACUAAUAAAACGCGAAUCACCAUUAGACUCAUAGACCGAAAUGAUAACUGCCCCUUCUUCUCCCAAGAUAUAUUUCAGUUGACUGCAUUUGAGAACGCGACCUUAUUCACCAAAAUUGGCACUGUUCAUGCCACUGAUGCUGAUCGGGGUAUUGAUGGACAGAUCUAUUAUUUUCUUCAACCAGAACGCAUUUUGGUUCCCUUCCGAAUUGAUUCGCGCUCAGGAGAUAUCUUUCCCACCAAAAGUCUGACGAUCAAACGUGGUGAUUCUACCAUUUCUGAACAAGUCACUUACUUCUCUAAAUUUGAGGGCCUUACAGAUUACUCUUUUAAGGUAAUUGCUAGGCAUCGAGGAAAUCUUAGCCAUGUUUCCUGUGAAUUUGUUAGUCAUGCUCAGGUACAUGUUAAAGUGAAACCGAUUCGAUCGAAUGGUCCUCAUAUCUCCUCCUUCCUGCAUACAGACAUCGAAAAACCGGGAUCUCCAGGAACUGUUUACGCGACUGUCAGUGUUACAUCAUUGGAAAAUCCUCUGAAUACCCACCUCUCAAUUGUCGAACCAGAAGCUGCAGCCCUGUUUGAGUUAGUUCGAUUGGGUCAGCAAUCUAAAUGGCAGCUUCAGUUGAAGUUUCAGUAUCCUGCACUUUCAUUGAGCUCAAAAGUUGGAUUAACUCUCGAAGCGGUUGAUGCUGAAAUCGCCACAGUAGGGCACAUUCCAUCUUCCAGUCGGCAUUUCCUUGAAGUUACACUCCUGCCUCAACUCGCGUUUCAAAUCCGUCUACCUCAAGAACUUCACCUCUCUGUCUCCGAGGUUGCUCUUGUUAAUUCAACUGUGUACAUCAUUAAUCCAAACCUCAGCUUUUAUAUUCACAAUUCCAGCUUUCUUUUCUCUGAAACGAAAAAGAGCGUUAACGUGCCCUUCAGGAUAACAGAAACGGGUGCAGUGGUUGUAACUAAACCCAUUGACCUUGAAACCCUGGGUACUGAUAGACUGGAGAUUGCGUUUACUGUUGUCGAUCGAAAUAAUAUUCUAUUGAGUAGUAUGGCUGACUCGAAGCUAGUGAUUAAUAUAUUGGAUUAUAAUGAAUACAGUCCAGAGAUAUUAAAUGAUGGAGCUGAAUGUUCGAUUGCGGAAAAUCUUCCGGUUGGAAGUGAGGUACUUCAAAUCGAAGCCCGUGAUCCAGAUUUUUCAGCAACAAGACUCAGUUUUUCUCUUUUUGAUGAAGACAAACUUCCAUUCAGUUUUUCAACCAAUAAACCAGGAUCAAUGAUUCUGAAGACACCCCUUGAUGCUGAAACCAUGCCUAUGGAAUUUCACGUUAAAGUAAAGGUCUCCGAUUCUGGUUUGCCUUUUCCUCGUAGUAUGAUGGUCAUCUAUCUUAUUAGAAUUAUUGACAUAAAUGAAUUUAGCCCGGUGUUUGUUGAGAAAUCCUGCGAAGCCCAGCUGGUUGUUACUCCAAGUGGACAAAUUCAAACAUUUGCACCAUCGGGUCUUGAGUUAGGUCGAUUCUUUGCUGAAGAUCUGGACCGGGAUGGAAGUAGUGCUGUAAAAAUUAGACUCGCUUCCACAACUGUGUCUAGGCCUUGCUUCAAACUCGAUUCCGACACUGGACGUUUACAAUUGAUCUGCUCAAAUAUCGGUCUUCCCGAGUCUUCUAUCACUGUUAACCUUGAAGCAACUGAUGGGGAGCUGAACUCUGAACAGCAGUUUGAAUUGAAAAUCAAUCUUGAGAAGGCGGGUUAUGGUCGAGUCUAUUCGAAAUCCUGUCAGCCAUCUGGAAUCUAUGAGAAGAUACAAGAACAGAAACAGAAACGCUCGGACUAUGAGUAUCGACUGGCAGAUAUAACAAGUAUUGACACUUUCUUCAAGAGAAAUGAUGAAGUGAUAACACCUUCUCUUUCUGUUCCGACUGUCCUCAGAUUACCCGAAAAUCUUCCGAUCGGCACUCCAAUUCUCACAUUCUCCGCAAAAUUUCUUGAAUCCUUCAAAGGAGGUCAAUUCCCACAGCUUAUCUAUGGCGUAGUGGGUCUGCAAACAUUCCUUUCCAAUAACGACACAAUGUUACCACCUUAUCAGGCUUUUCGUCUGAGAGGCGACUCAACUUCUGAUGUUUCAGUGGAUGAUGAAAUGGUACUUGAAGUAGCUGCUCCUAUAGAUCGAGAAAUUUCUUCCGAAUUUCUUAUUUCCCUCCGAGUUUGUGUUCUUCAAGAUUCAACAAGACUCUGCGCUUCCAGUUCUGUCUCUAUUUUAAUUGAAGAUAUUUUGGAUGCUCCACCACGAUUUGUAAUUGAUGAUUCCCAAGCUGGAACUCAUACCUUUUUUGUCUCGGAGGAUGAGGCCGAAGGCUCAAUCAUUGGUCAGGUUGCUGUUGUUGACGAUGAUAUUGAAAGCAAGCUCCGUUUCUCCAUUGGAAAUUACAAAGAACAUUUCAAGAUCCAUCAUCGAACUGGUCGAAUUAGCCUAAAACAACGGCUCGAUCGAGAAACACUGGAUUCCUAUUUAGUGUCAGUUAAGGUUGCUGAUAUUCUUGAUAACCAUACACUGAAUUCCCCAUCUGAAUUGAACGCUCUUGCCCUAAAAUCCACCCCAGAUUGGGCUUUAGAGCGCACAGCUACUACCUACGUCCGAAUUAAUGUUCUUGAUGCUAACGACAAUAAUCCAGAGUUUAUUGGGACGUAUAAUGAUAUUGUAAUACCUUCAGACUUUCCCAAAGGUGCCUAUGUCACAACUUUGCGGGCAAAAGACGCGGAUGAAAGUCAAAACGCUAUCCUACAGUAUAGUCUCUUCGGUUCUGAGGCAGAUAAAUCAUGUUUUGAUUGUGAUAUUGCUACUGGAGUUGUUCGAAUUGCUGCCGAAUGCGAAGGCCUACAACCGGGAUACACUCACUCCCUUACUGCUUGGGUUCGUGACCUCGGUUCUCCUGAAUCAAGACAAACAAGUACUGAGUUUAAAGUAACGGUUCUCGGACUACGGGUAAAUGUCUAUCCACCAAGGUUUAAUAACCUUAACGGACUUUAUCAAGGACGACUAAAGGAAGGAGCUCCAAUUGGUAGUCGAGUGCUAGAAUUUGGAAGUGAAAAUUCCCUGCUGAUGAGAGCUAAUGAUCCCGAAGGUUUGCCACUGAUCUUCAGAACGGUUGGAGGAAGCGGUCUGGGGACUUUCACUGCUACUUCUGAAGGAUUCAUCAUAUCAACUCGAGAAGUCGAUGCAGAAAGUACCCCAUUUUCUGGGGGCUACUGGUUGGAGGUAUACGCGGAAGAAGAUCAAUCUUCCAAUGAGACACUAACAGCGACUGAUGGAAUUCCACCUAGAUUCGCAGUCGCCGAAGUUUUCAUUCAAGUGAGUUUCUUUAGCCAAACUUCCUUAUUUAUGAAUGUUCGUUCUCCUGACAGUUUAUGA